GAUUGGUUGGAUGUGGUAGGAGAUAAGUAAGGACACGUUCUAACUUUUUGCGUCUGCUGAUUUAGGAUGUAUGAGGAAUCCUUUUAUUUGUAUUUUACACUACUUAGGAUGGUACUUGAACAACUUUAGUUUCAUGUAUUUGGCCUAUAUUUUAACAAGCAUCGUAAUAGACACGGCCUUUUGGGAAAUUUACGCUAACUGUAUAACAUGUGUGUCGUUUUCAAUAUCUAGGUGUCUAAAAAUCACAUAUUCAUAAACAUAUUCGUGUGAUGAACGAUCCACGUAAAUACAACAUUGCAUGAGAGAGAGAUUAAAAAUGUAGAAGAAGAAAUAAAAGGGAAGGUUACUCGGGUGGAUCGAUAUGAAAAGGAAAGAAAAGCGAAACCCACUAACCAUCACAUGAUAUCGACCUUUUUAUCCUUUUCUUCUUUAUUUUUGUAACUUUUAUUUUUUAUUCUCAUUUUCUUUUGUCAUGGCUUUUUCUCUAGUGAAACCUCCAAAAUAUCUAACUAAUCCAUUUAAUAUUCCCAUGUAAAUAACGUAAGCUAUACUUUAUAUAUCAUGAAAAGAUUGGGGAAGUGUUUAAAUCGUAGAACCAAUAAAAAUAAAACUAAAAAAAAACUAGUAGAAUCAUUACGUCAAGAGUUAUUUAACGAUCAUCAGUUAGGGUUAAAGUAAAAACAAAAAACGUUCUUGAUUAGCCAAGAAUAGAAAAAGCAUAUUGUUGUUACAAAAAUCGGUGUUCUCUCUCUCUAAUUAUUUUCUGCUAAACACGAUUAGAUUCAAAUAAUCUAUUAAGUCCAAAAGAUAAACAUGAGACAACAAUUUGAUGCAAGAAAAUCCUCUUUUCAUGCUCCAUUCUUUCUUUAAAUUACUAAUUAUAAAACUCACAUAAACCACCAAACCCAUUCCCUACAACUCAGCUUCAUCGAAGAUUCACUCACUCCCACUUAAAAAUAAAAUAAUAUAUAUAUACAACAACGCACGAUGCUGGUGCAAUAUACAUCCCAAAGUAUUAAGUCUUAAGAUAUUGUGGGUCUCCCAUCUCUCUUUCUCUGUACUCUUCAUUUUGUUAUUCCAUAUUAAAGACGAAGAAAAAUGGACACUCUCUUUACAUUAGUUAGUCUCCAACAACAACAAUCCGAUAGUAUCAUUACAAAUAAAUCGUCGCAAAGCAGAACCUCUACCACCACUACUGGCUCUCCACAAAUAGCUGAUCACUACAACUUCCCACAAAGCGACGUCGUCGAAGAAUGCUUAAACUUUUUCAUGGAUGAAGAAGACCUUUCCUCUUCUAAUUCAUCUCAACACAACCAUCACCACAACAACAAUCCUAGUAACUACUACUCUCCCUUCACUACUCCCACCCAAUACCAUCCCGCCACAUCACCAACUCCUUCCUCCACCGCCGCCGCCGUAGCAGCCUCCGCUUCCUUGGCCUCACCUUACUCAUCCGGCCACCACCCUGACCCUUCCGAUUUCUCCAUCUCUCAAACUCCUCCUUCCUUCGACUUCGCAGCCAAUGCCAAGUGGGCCGACUCCAUCCUCCUCGAAGCAGCACGUGCCUUCUCCGACAAAGACACCACACGUGCCCAACAAAUCCUCUGGACACUCAACGAGAUCUCUUCACCAUACGGAGACACCGAGCAGAAACUCUCUUUUUACUUCCUCCAAGCUCUCGUCAACCGCAUGACCGGUUCAGGCGAACGAUGUUACCGCACAAUGGUAACCGCCGCAGCAACGGAGAAGACAUGCUCCUUCGAACAAACGCGCAAGACCAUGCUCAAGUUCCAAGAAGUAAGCCCGUGGGCCACGUUUGGACAUGUGGCGGCAAACGGAGCGAUCUUGGAAGCAGUAGACGGAGAGGCAAAGAUCCACAUCGUUGACAUAAGCUCGACGUUUUGCACUCAGUGGCCAACUCUUCUAGAAGCCUUAGCCACAAGAUCAGACGACACGCCACACCUAAGACUAACCACAAUAGUUGUCGCUAAUAAAUACGUCAACGACCAAACGGCAUCGCAUCGUGUGAUGAAAGAGAUAGGACACCGAAUGGAGAGGUUUGCUAGGCUAAUGGGAGUUCCUUUUACAUUCAAUAUUAUUCAUCACGCCGGAGAUUUAUCUGAGUUUGAUCCCAACAAGCUCGAUAUUAAAUCAGAGGAGGUCUUGGCCGUCAACUGUGUAGGUGCCAUGCAUGGGAUUGCGCCUCGAGGAAACCCUAGAGACGCUCUGAUAUCUAAAUUCCGAAGGUUAAGGCCGAGGAUAAUGACCAUCGUCGAAGAAGAAGCUGAUCUUGUCGGAGAAGAAGGCUUUGAUGAUGAGUUCUUGAGAUUGUUUGGAGAAAGCCUACGUUGGUUUAGGGUUUGCUUUGGGUCGUUGGAAGAGAGUUUUCCGAGGACGAGCACUGAGUGGUUGACGCUAGAGCGUGCGGCGGGACGUGCGAUCGUUGACGUGGUGGCUUGUGAGCCGUCGGAUUCGACGGAGAGGAGAGAGACGGCGAGGAAGUGGUCGAUGAGGAUGAGGAAUGGAGGGUUUGAUGCGGUGGGGUAUAGUGAUGAGGUGGCUGAUGACGUAAAAGCUUUGUUGAGGAGGUAUAAGGAAGGAGUUUGGUCGAUGGUACAGUGCUCUGAUUCUGCCGGAAUAUUUCUUUGUUGGAGAGAUCAGCCGGUGGUUUGGGCUAGUGCGUGGCGGCCAACGUAAAUGACUGAUUCUUUUUUUAUAUAUAUUCGCACGUGUGGUGAUGGUUGAUGAUGGAUUUUGAGAUUAAUAGUUACUGUAUGGUGAUAAUGCGUUCAUAAUUUGAACUUUUGCUUUUGGAAUAGACUGAUUAAAUUGUGAUCAUUGAAGAGGAGGGUGUCAAGGGUUUAUAAAUUCGUGGUUAUUAGUGUUUGUUUCUUCUCUUUUUGAGUUUAAAAUUUGUGAUUGGUUUGGUUUAUGGAAAAGAAUAGAGGGUUAUGAAUUAUAUUA